GCGGCAAAAGACUGACUCCCUCUCUCCGUCCAACAGUGUUCGAAAGUUUUCAAGUGUAUAUUUUAAUGUGUAUAAACCUUACGUGAAAGUGUCCUCUCAUAACAAAAUGAAAACGAAACACAUGCAAUCUGCAGUCUCACGCGGGAGACUGUUUUAAUUUAUCUUCCAUUCCUGAAACCAACGAUAGAAACCUUUUUUGAGUAUAUCGGCUGUAAGGAUUCAAUAAUGUACUUGUAAAGAGUCAUGACAUAAACAAUCGUAUUUCUCGGAAGUGAAGUCCAAGAAAGACAUUCCUCUCUGGAAAUCACUCUCCAACGGAGGAACGCGCACGCAAGCUCCUCUUCGGGUGCGACAUUGCCACCUCAAAGUCAUUGCAAUGAACGUGACGAUCUUCAUAUUACUAGUUGCAUCCAUCUGCUCCUCGGGCGUGGCAACCGCGGGGAGCCCGGAUUCCGCUCCACCGCAGCCAGGCAUCGAGAUCGACCAUGCUGCACGCAGGAUGCCACGGUUAGCAUUAUUGAUAUCAGGAUCCACAUCCACAGCCUCUGAAGUUAGUAGUGCAGGAACGACUCCAGAAACUACGACUUCAGAAGCAACCAAAGGACUAACUCCUGAUAUUACAAGUACUUAUGCCACUCCCCAGAUUACCCAUCCUGGCUCAGCCUCGUUGCCUCCUACCGCAGGAUUAAAAUCAACCGCAGUUGCAGCCUCACCCACACCUAUUCCUCCAUCCAGCUCGACCUUCGCGUCAACUGCCACGACUUCAGAACUGACCUCUCCAGCCACAACUCCGGAGACCAGCAGUACAAACUCAGCUCUUCAAACUACCACUACAUAUAUAUCUACAACAACAAACACCACAUUCACAAGUCAAGGACUUACUACUGCAGGCACAACUUCAGAAACUAGCACAAUAGAAACAACUUCAGGAACUACACCAGAACCAGGUCGUGGAGCUAGUAGUACAAGCACAAGCCCAGGAACUAGCCCAGAAUCAACCCCAGCAGCUAGCACUCCAAUCACAAACCCAGGAACUAGCACAGAAUCAACUCAAGGAGAUAGCACUUCAAGCACAAACCCAGGAACUAGCACAGAAUCAACUCAAGGAGAUAGCACUUCAAGCACAAACCCAGGAACUAGCACAGAAUCAACUCCAGGAGAUAGCACAAAAUCAACCCCAACAGCUAGUACUACAGACAUAAGCACAGGAACUAGCAUAGAAUCAAUCCAAACAACUAGCACUACAGACAUAAGCCCAGGAACUAGCACAGAAUCAACUCCAGCAGCUAGCACUACAGUCAUAAGCACUGAAAAUAGCACAGAAUCAACCCCAACAGCUAGUACUACAGACAUAAGCACAGGGACUAGCACAGAAUCAACCCCAACAUCUAGCACUACAGACGUAAGCACAGAAAAUAGCACAGAAUCAAUCCCAACAGCUAGUACUACAGACGUAAGCACAGAAAACAGCACAGAAUCAACCCCAACAGCUAGUACUACAGACGUAAGCACAGAAAAUAGCACAGAAUCAAUCCCAACAACUAGCACUACAGACGUAAGCACAGAAAAUAGCACAGAAUCAAUCCCAACAACUAGCACUACAGACGUAAGCACAGAAAAUAGCACAGAAUCAAUCCCAACAACUAGCACUACAGACAUAAGCACAGGAACUAGCACAAAAUCAACCCCAGCAGCUAGUACCACAGACAUAAGCACAGAAAAUAGCACAGAAUCAAUCCCAACAACUAGCACUACAGACAUAAGCACAGAAAAUAGCACAGAAUCAAUCCCAACAACUAGCACUACAGACGUAAGCACAGAAAAUAGCACAGAUUCAAUCCCAACAACUAGCACUACAGACAUAAGCUCAGAAACUAGCACAGCGGAAUCAACUCCAACAGCCAUAGUCUCGGUUUCGCCAACGAUUACUAGCUUUCCACCCACGUGCUCCGUUGACCCGGACCACACCACGAUUGAAGCUCAGAUAACAUUGCCGCGCACCUUGGUCGUCGCCUGGGGGAAUGCAGCACCGCCGUCCGUCACGGUCUGUCUGCAGGAAGACUGCCGAACCACUGCUGCGUCACCAGUGCAAUUCGACGAGGUCACAGCAGGCCGGUCGCUCCUGGUCACAGUCACCGGGACCGAUUUCUUCGACUGCGUGCAGCUCUUUGUCCCGUGGCAAUUCAGAAUCGGCGUCGCGGCGCACAAUCUCACCCUGGACUGGGUCAACUUCAGCCCUCGUCUACUGAACGUGUGCGUGGCCACAGACAUCGGGCAUUUCCCAUCGUACUCGUCCUGGAUCGACUGUAAAGAAACGACGAGCUCCAUAGCCUCGUUUUCUGGCCUCGAACCGGACACUCCCUUCUGGGUCAGAGUGGGCGAGGCAACCGUCUUUCAUGCGACGACAUCUCCCGUUGCUAAGUACAGGAGCCUUGCAUUCCGCUGCCACGAGACCGGCGUGUGUGUGAGCGGCGAGUGUCGUCCAGCCUCCGACGGCCUCCUGCUGGCGCUGGACUUGGCAUCACCGGUGCCCGUGUCGUACCCCUACACCUGCGUCGAUAAAGACAACGCACAGUCGUCUCCGGCCACGCUCAUCUCCGCCUCGAGAGUCCUCGCCAUCACCAGCGUCGUGUUCGAGAGUGGCGGUUUGGAGCAGGACAUCGAGGAGUGCAUCCACACGACCGCCAUGGCUAUCGUCAAGUACUGGUGCGACGGCAUGGAGAAUUGCACGGUGGAGCACAGCUUCCUCCACAGCCACCUGGCGGUCGCAGAGGGCUGCGUCGACACCCGGCUGGACCAGUACAGCUUGCACAUAAAGUAUAAGGAUGCGGUCUCCGACCCCACUUGCCGCGUUGGGACUAGUCUCUUCGCUCCGCACAAAACCUGCUACGACGUGGAGACUUCGACCGACCUCCCUGCGAGGAGGAGGAGCUGCAUGGAGGCUGGGGGGGAUAUUGCCUUUUACGAUUCCGACCCGGCGUUUUUACAAUUUCUCAACGAAACUUUUGACCUGUCGGAAAAGGGCUUACUUGUGCAAGGAAUUAUCGGCUACGACGUGCGGCCUCGAGAACCACAACUUUAUGCUAAAGACGUAGAUACAUACAACAUUAAUUCCGAAAUACACUACGUUAUGUCACACCACAGCUUUGCGUACGACGUGCCCAUUCUCUGCGCUUACCCGCCGCUCGUGGGAGUCCCCGAUCGCCUCGAGACCGCAACCAUAUCCGACGACCCCUGCUGGAGCAGCCCCUGCCUCAACGGGGGAACCUGCUUCAACACGACGCUGGCCCUGAAUGCGGCCGCAGCCAGUGGCGACGAAUUCAUGUGCCUCUGCAGAGAUGGUUACAGCGGCAACCUGUGUGAAAAUGCGAACACUGGAAUCAAGGACGAGCCGCAGGACCCGCUGGACGGCGUGUACUCCUUCAGCGCACCCUCCGACAAGGCCCUCAGCUUCGAGUUCGUCUUCUUCGGGCGGGUCUGGGCGGAGAGCCAGAGCUGCUACGCCCCCGCUGCCCUUGCGCUUUUCCGCCUCAAGUGCGACGGCCAGAGCCAGUGUGAGGUGUCGUAUACGGACCUGCACCACCACCUGCAUUCCUCGUGUCACCCGGCCGUGACGCCCACGUUACGCGUCCGUUACGCCACUUACGAGUCUCCGGAGAACUGGAGCUGCGGAGCCGAGAGCCUCGUGGAGAGCACCUGUCUUGGAACCUCGCCCGACCGGUUCCGCAGCGCCCAGGACGCCAAACUGUACUGCGCCGGAAUGGGCGGUGACCUCGCCUCCACGGGAGACCCCACGCCCUCUCUCUGCCUGAACAACGCCUCGUCGUUGUGGGUGGACAACACCACAGACUUCCGUGCCCACCCGCACUACGCCCUCACGCCCGUCAACCCCACAAGCAUCUCCUGCGAUGGUCAGGCUCUCCAGAGCCACACGGCUCUGUGCGUCUUCCCGUUCGUAUUUUUCAACAGUAGCUCUACUACCACGGAAGAGACCACAACUAUUUCUACUACCGAAGAGACAACACCUAAGAUAACUUCGACUGCCAGCACUACGAGUACUACCACGACGACGACGCCCGCUCCGCCAGGACCGUGCCCAGAGACGAGGCCCUUCCCCUCGGCGUACCCAGAUUACGUUUGGAAGCAAGAAGAACCCGGGACACGCGCCAGCAAUAACUGCCCGAAGCCUAAAAAUGUCACUGUGCAUUGGCUCUGCAAAGCGAACGGCAAGUGGGACGGGCUGCCUGAUCUGAGCCUCUGCUCGACCAUUGACACCGGCCAUUGGGAGGACGAAAUAAAAAACAGCACUGAGAAUGCAGGCGACUCACUCAAUAAUUUCCUCAACAUGACGGAAUCUCAGGAACUUGAACCAGGUGACGUCACGGGCACACUGAACAUCUUAGGCGCCGCCAGAGAACGCCACAUCGAGGACCUUAAGAAUAUGAAUGAGAGCGAAGUCCUUAAUGCCACUGACGUCUAUACAAUGGCCGUCACAAAGACGACCAACAAAAUGUUACAGCAACCAGAGGUGAGGACGCCCUGGAGGCCUGCGUCCUCGUUGGCGUCAUUUCCUUCGUGUAUUUGCGCUGUCACCCUCUAC